GUGAGUCGCCACUGUCCGCUUCCCGCUCGGGCAGUUUUCGUAGCCAGGGCGGUGAGGCUGGAGGAGACAGGGAGAAUGAGCGCUGCGCGGACGCUGCGGGUGCCGGGCCGCCAGGGCUACGCAGCUGAGUUCUCCCCGUACCUGCCUGGUCGCCUGGCCUGCGCCGCCGCGCAGCACUACGGCAUCGCGGGCUGCGGAACCCUACUAAUACUGGAUCAAAAUGAAACUGGUCUUACAAUUUUUAGAAGCCUCGACUGGAAUGAUGGCCUGUUUGAUGUGACCUGGAGUGAGAACAAUGAACAUGUCCUCAUCACCUACAGUGGUGAUGGCUCACUGCAGCUCUGGGACACCGCCAAACCCACAGGGCCACUGCAGGUCUAUAAAGAACAUGCUCAGGAGGUGUAUAGUGUUGACUGGAGCCAAACCAGAGGUGAGCAGCUUGUGGUGUCUGGCUCCUGGGACCAGACGGUCAAAGUGUGGGAUCCAAAUGUUGGAAAGUCUCUGACAACCUUUAGAGGCCAUGAGAGUGUCAUUUAUAGCACAAUCUGGUCUUCCCAUAUCCCUGGUUGUUUUGCUUCAACCUCAGGUGACCAAACUCUGAGAAUUUGGGAUCUGAAGGCCGCAGGAGUCAGAAUUGUGGUACCAGCACAUCAGGCAGAAAUUUUGAGUUGUGAUUGGUAUAAAUACAACAAGAAUUUGCUAGUGACGGGAGCAGUUGAUUGUAGCUUGAGAGGAUGGGACUUGAGAAACGUACAACAACCAGUGUUUGAACUUCUUGGUCACACCUAUGCUAUUAGGAGAGUGAAAUUUUCACCAUUUCAUGCUUCAGUGCUGGUGUCCUGAUCCUAUGAUUUUACUGUAAGAUUCUGGAACUUUUCAAAGCCUGACCCUCUUCUUCAAACAGUGGAGCAUCAUACAGAGUUCACUUGUGGCUUAGAUUUUAGUCUUCAGAGUCCCAGUCAGGUGGCUGACUGUUCUUGGGAUGAAACAGUAAAAAUAUAUGACCCCGCUUGUCUUACUGUGAUUCCUGCUUGAGACACAUUGCCCUGGACAGAAGCAAGGAUGUUGACCAAAGAAUUGCUUACCAGCAAAUAAAUCAGCUACUGAAAACAUAGAUGUUAUGCUGCCAUGUGUGAUUCAGAUUUCCAAUUCUUCAGAU